UUUUUUUUAUGAGCGCGCCAAAUCAUAAACCCCCCCUUUUUUCGGGUCCUCCUCAGCGAUUCAGUUCAGAUCGUCACCACCACCAUGGGAAAGCAAAAGCAGCAAGUGAUAUCGCGCUUCUUUGCUCCCAAACCCAAAACCACAAACCCUUCAUCUUCUUCAUCAUCAUUUCCUCCCUCCUCAUCAUCAUCUGCAAACCCUCAUCACCUACCAACCCCACCUCCCAAAAUCACAGCCACUGUCAAUUUCUCACCCUCCAAGCGCACUCUCCUCUCCUCCCACCUCACCUCCUCAUCUCCCAAACCAUCAAAACUACCCAAACUCUCUCCCCACACCCACAACCCUAUACCCACCGCACCCAAUCCCUCCCUCCACCAAAAGUUCCUCCAGAAGCUUCUAGAACCAUCAUCCGACGUUCCAGAACCUUCUUCUUCUUCCAACCCACCUGCCAAGUUCACGCCUUUGGAGCAGCAAGUGGUGGACCUCAAGAAGAGGUACCCAGAUGUCCUUUUGAUGGUGGAAGUCGGUUACAAGUACCGGUUCUUCGGCCAAGACGCCGAAAUUGCUGCGAGGGUUUUGGGGAUUUAUGCCCAUAUGGAUCACAAUUUCUUGACUGCUAGUGUGCCCACUUUCCGGUUGAAUGUCCACGUUAGGAGGCUGGUGAGCGCUGGGUACAAGGUCGGCGUGGUGAAGCAGACCGAAACCGCGGCCAUUAAGGCCCACGGGUCGAACCGGUCUGGCCCAUUUGGCCGGGGAUUGUCGGCAUUGUACACCAAGGCGACGCUGGAGGCGGCUGAGGAUGUCGGGGGUAAAGAAGAGGGGUGUGGUGGGGAUAGUAAUUAUUUGGCUUGUGUUGUGGACAAGAGCGUUGCGUUAGAAAAUGUGGACGGCGGAGUUGACAGUGGGAUUGAAGUGAAAAUUGGGAUUGUUGCGGUGGAGGUAUCGACUGGAGACGUUGUUUACGGAGAGUUCAAUGAUAAUUGUAUGAGGAGCGGGCUUGAAGCUGCGGUUUUGAGCUUGUCUCCCGCUGAAUUGCUUAUUGGGGACCCACUCUCCAAACAAACAGAGAAGAUGUUACUUGCUUUUUCUGGACCUGCUUCACAUGUCCGCGUGGAGCACGUCUCACGAGACCACUUCAACGAAGGUGGUGCUUUUGCUGAAGUAAUGUCCUUAUAUGAAAACAUGGAUGGAGAUGAUUUAACAGAUCAGCCAAAGAUAAAUACCGAUGUGAAAGAUCAGAGUACUAUUUGCUUGGGAAUUGAGGGAAUAAUGAACAUGCCAAAUUUGGCAGUCCAAGCACUGGCCUUAACUGUUCGUCAUCUGAAACAAUUUGGUUUAGAAAGGAUCCUGCACCUAGGAGCUUCUUUUAGGCCCCUCUCAAGCAGCACGGAGAUGACUCUCUCGGCCAAUGCACUUCAGCAAUUGGAGGUAUCUAACCCUAUUCUUGUGUUAUGCUGCAAAGAGAUUUGCUUUGGAUUUCCGGUAAAAGAGUUUGAAAUGCCAAUGG